CACAACUCCUUUCGGUACUUCCCCAGAUAACUAAAACGAACACGUCACUACCCACGAAUCACAAUGCUCCGCCUCCUGCCAACCACCACCGCCGCCACCACCUCCUCUCUCCCUCUCCUCCUCAUGUCCUCCUCCUCUUCCUCUCUCUCCUCAUUUUCUCUCUCUAAAAAAUUCCUCAGCAACCCCCUUUCCUUCCCUCGAACCACCAGACCCAUCUCUCCCUACUCUCCCCCAAAAAUGAACUUGUUGGGUAAGCUCGGAUUCGGUACUCGCUCCCCCACCGAACCCUCCAGUGACCCGUCCUUGUCCUCCAUCGCUCAGGGUCCCGACGACGACGUUCCGGCGCCAGGACAACAGUUCGCGCAGUUCGGAGCUGGGUGUUUCUGGGGAGUCGAAUUGGCCUUCCAGAGAGUUACUGGAGUGACGAAGACAGAGGUUGGGUACAGUCAGGGCUGUCUUCACAACCCUAGCUACAAUGAUGUCUGUUCUGGGACGACGAACCACUCGGAGGUCGUUAGGGUUCAGUAUGAUCCCAAGGAGUGUAGUUACGAGUCCUUGCUUGAUGUUUUUUGGGCCAAACACGACCCUACUGCGCUUAAUCGUCAGGGAAAUGAUGUUGGAACACAAUACAGAUCUGGAAUUUACUUCUACACACCUGAGCAGGAGAAGGCGGCAUUGGAAUCGAAGGAGCGUCAUCAGAACGUUUUGAACCGGAAAAUUGUUUCUGAGAUUCUGCCUGCGAAGAAGUUCUACCGAGCUGAGGAGUACCACCAGCAGUACCUUGCAAAGGGUGGUCGGUUUGGUUUAAAGCAAUCUACUGACAAAGGCUGCAAUGAUCCAAUUCGAUGCUACGGCUAAAUAAUUAUGUGUUAUUUCGAGGGUUGAUCUCUAUUUGGCUUCCUAGUCCUUGUUUUCGGAUAUGGUUGUUAAUAAUAGGUCUCUGUUUGGAAACCACUUAUGUAUCUUAUGCUCUUAAUUUAUAGGCUUUGCUUUCUAGAUAUACAGCUGAAGUGUGCAAUGCAACUUCUCUAAUAUAGACUUGUUAUUGAUUGCAAUAGGGGAUCUGCUUCAAUUUUGUGCUUGCAGUUUCAGUUCAGUUA